GUACUUUUCUGUCAAGUAGAUUUAUGAUAAUAUGGCAUCAGCUAUGGAAUUUCAUUAAUACGUUGAGCCCUAAGGACUGUAUAACAAUAAGACUACGGCUUACUAAGCUGCAAAGAUGGCCUUGGCUUCUUCUGUAAAAGUGGUUCUGGGAUCACUUGCUUUCGCAAUCUUCUGGGUAAUGGCGGUCUUCCCAGCCGUUCCUUUUCUACCAAUUGGGAGGAUUGCUGGGUCCCUCCUUGGUGCUAUGCUAAUGGUAUUAUUCCGAGUCCUAACUCCAGAUCAAGCAUAUGAUGCAAUUGAUCUACGAACCCUUGGUCUUCUCUUUGGGACAAUGGUUGUCAGUGUCUAUCUAGAAAAAGCAGACAUGUUCAAGUACUUGGAAAAUCUUCUCUCAUGGAAGAGUAAAGGAGCAAAGGACUUACUUUGUCGAAUCUGCCUGAUUUCAGCCAUUUCAAGUGCCCUUUUUACUAAUGAUACCGCUUGUGUGGUAUUAACUGAAUUUGUCUUAAAAAUUGCAAGGCAACAUCAUCUCCCACCUCAACCUUUCCUUCUUGCCCUGGCCUCUAGUGCAAAUAUUGGGUCUUCAGCGACUCCAAUUGGCAACCCCCAAAAUUUGGUUAUAGCUGUUCGGAGUAAGAUAUCUUUUGGGAGUUUUCUAAGUGGAAUUCUCCCUGCAAUGCUAGUGGGAGUGGUUGUCAAUGCUCUAAUUCUUCUAUCCAUGUAUUGGAGGCUGUUAUCAAUUCAGAAAGAUGAAACAGAUGCAGCUGUAGAUGUUGUUGAAGAGGAGGAUGUGGAUUCUCAUCGCCUUUCACCAGCCAUGAUGGGGUACUCUAGAUUGGAAACUAUAAAUGUGCAAGGCUCUCCCAACGUGCAUGAGAACAUGGGUCAUGUUGAGACCAUUAGAAACCAGUUAAGGUCAAAUGAGAAUAAAAUCCACAGGGUCCCUUGUGGUACGUUGGAUUCUGCAAGGAAUUCUAGUGCAUCGAAAGAGCUGGAAGAUGUUGUAUCUUCUCCCAAAAGGGAGGAGAUCAUUCCUUCAAAGACUGUUGUUAGAUCAAUGGACAGACUAAAAGACGCACUUUCUAUAGAGUCUUCAGAAGGAAAGGAAGAUUUGACCAUUAGAUGGCAAAGGAUGUUGUGGAAGCCGUGUGUUUACCUUAUUACUAUAGGAAUGUUGAUUGCUUUGCUCAUGGGGCUGAAUAUGUCAUGGACUACAAUUACUGCUGCACUUGCUCUUGUGGUUCUUGAUUUCAAGGAUGCUAUGCCUUGCCUUGAAAAGGUCAAAUAUUCGCUUUUGAUUUUCUUUUGCGGAAUGUUUAUCACAGUAGAUGGCUUUAACAAAACUGGAAUCCCAAGUACUCUAUGGGACCUCAUGGCGCCUUAUGCACAGAUUGAUCAUGCUAGCGGGAUAGCAGUUCUUGCCAUUGUCGUUCUUGUCCUGUCAAAUUUGGCUUCAAGCGUACCAACUGUUUUGUUGCUGGGAGGACGAGUGGCAGCAUCGGCAGCUGCAAUUUCUGCAACUGAUGAGAAGAAGGCAUGGCUCAUCUUAGCUUGGGUUAGCACGGUAGCUGGGAACCUCUCAUUACUGGGAUCAGCUGCCAACUUAAUAGUGUGUGAAGAGGCUCGCAAAGCUCCACGUCUUGGGUACACUUUAUCUUUUUGGAGCCAUCUCAAAUUUGGACUCCCCUCGACCCUUAUAGUCACUGCUAUUGGUUUGAUACUCAUGAUAUGA